AUGUCGGUCUUCGAUCCGAAUCCUCCCUUGCGCAUGUCGUGGCGUGAUAAAAUCCCCGACCUCCGUGUGCCCUAUACUAAGUCUUUUCUCGGAUCUACUGCUAUGAGUGAUGAGCCCGGCGUCCUGUUCAUGGGCGCCAGGUCCAAGCGAACUCCUCGCCAGAUGUCACAAGAAUCUAGUGAUGAGAGCCAUGAUACCUGGCACCGUCACUUUCACCCUCCACCCCCCAACGCUACCGGUUCCCGUCCGGCUCGGUUGCCACCCAUAAGAACCCCUCGUGAUGGUUUCGACUUUCGACGACCCGCCCCCCUAACCUCUCAGGAAGAAGAUGUGAUUGACUUAACCAAUGAACCUGAGACGCCCCCGCAACGCACACAUGCUCACCCCUCGGAGAGUCGAACUUUAAGUACCUCAAGACCUCCGCGCUUCGGGAGGAACAUUUUGGCAGAUGUCGUGGACCUUGAAGAAGAGGCCGAUGAUGACCCCGGCGAGGGACCGUCUAGCAGUCCAGAGGUCCAAUUUGUUCGGGCUACAACAAGACCGCGGGCGCAGCCACCGCCUCGAGGACAAUGGGAUCCCGUCGCCAUGAUCUCAAGCACCCUCGCACGCGGAUUUCGUACUCGACAAGACGCUGAGGACCGAAGAAUGCUCUCAUCUGUAUCUCUUCUGCAUUCAAGAAGAGUACCUCCUCUCCAUCGGCUUCCAACAGACCAUAUGAUCUUCUCUGGGGAUGGAUCUGUGCUUAACGGCUUUGGCCCCGGAUUCUUAGACUAUGGCCACUCUUCGUUUGAAAUGCGACCCCCUACCCCACCGGAACCAAGACCUCAACGCCAGGUCUACAAAGCCCCAAGCCCAGCACCUGAAGGGUUUACGCGUACACUGGGUGAAGAUGAUGUUGCAGUUUGUCCUAACUGCGAGUGGGAGCUGGGUACCGGAGAAGGAAAGAGACAAGAGAUCUGGGUUUCAAAACCUUGUGGACAUGUAUAUUGCGGCGAGUGUGCAGAAAACAGGUCCAUGUUAAAGGCCAAAAGGGCCCAAGCUCCCCAGAAGACAAAGCCCUUUGCCAAAUGCCAGGUUGACGGCUGUGGAAAACCUGUCAGUGCACCCACGGCUAUGAUCCACCUCUACCUAUGA